CCAAAAAAAAUGAAGGAUAUAUGCACAAAAAUUCAGGAAAUUGUGUGUCCUGGUUAUGAAUGAAGCUCGGUCCUGCAGCCGCGGGCAGAGGAAUGUUUUGCUACCAAUGUCCACCUGCCCUUCAUCCCUGCGGACCCCAUCCGCCGCGCCUGCCGACUCUCGACUAUCCCUUUGCCGCCACCCAUCCAUAUACCAGCUACUCGUAUCAUCCUGCCAUCCACGAUGAGACCUUCGUCCGGCGAAAGCAGCGACGGAAUCGCACCACCUUCACAUUGCAACAGCUGGAGGAGCUGGAAACGGCCUUUGCCCAAACUCACUAUCCGGAUGUAUUUACACGCGAGGAUCUGGCCAUGAAAAUCAACCUGACCGAGGCACGGGUUCAGGUCUGGUUCCAGAACCGCAGGGCCAAGUGGCGCAAGGCGGAGCGGCUCAAGGAUGAGCAGCGCAAGCGGGAGAAUGGCGAGAGCACCAGCUCCUUGGACAAGCUCCAUGACUCCCGCGAAUCCUCGCCUGAUAUCACUGGCGAGAUAGACGACGACAUGGAUGAGCUGCCACCGCGCCAGCGUUCGCAUAGUCCUCUGCUGGCCAAUGGUGGAUCCUUGGAGCAGCAGCAGCAACACCAUCACUCACUCGCCCAUUCCCAUUCGCAUUCCCUUUCCCACUCACGCAGUCCUGGCGGAGGUCUGCAUCUGGAUUCCAGCGAUAAUGAGCGCCCGCUGUCCUCCAAUCAACUGACCACCACACCACACUCUGCCUCCCAGUCGCUGGGCUCGAUUAGUGCCGGUUCUCCAUCACCAUCGGGUCUCCGGGAUCGAGAGCGGGAUCACACGCCACUCGCCAGCGGCGGAGGAGGAGGAGGUGCACAAGGUCAAAGUGGACCCCCCAGCAGCCCCUCGAAUUCACGGAACACUGACUCACCCAUCGAGGUGGGCGGACCCAUGUCAUUGACCACCGGCUCCCGGAUGCCGACAACCAACUCCUCGAACAACUCGGCCUCAUCCACGCCGACGCCCACCACGCCGCAUGCCCAACAGUUGCCGCAGAUGCCACACUCCUCGGCAGCAGCGGCGGCGGCCUUUGGAAGCCACAUCUUUGGAAGCUUUGGCGGUGGUGGUGGAGGUGGUGCCAGCGACAGCAACUGCGGCUUUCGUCCCGUUCUCAGCGAACAGAGCGCCGUGGCAGCUGCGGCGGCGGCAGCGGCGGCCCAGCGCAGCGCCAAUCAUCCGCCGCUCUUCCUGCCGCCACACCUGGCCGCCCAGUUCAGCCAUCAGCCGCUAUUUCCGGGCCUCAAAGGUGUUUCGCCCUUCCAGAGUUUGUGCUCUUGCUGCUCCCUUAAGCCGCCGCCGCCCCAUAGCUCCUCCUCAUCCUCCUCGGUGGUGGCCCCGCUGAGCAUACCGGUGAGCAGCAGCUCGGCGGCCAGUUCGCCGGAAUCUCCCAAGUCCUCCGGCCAUGAUCCGCGAUCCAAUUCGGUGGCCGAACUGCGCCGGAAGGCGCAGGAGCAUUCCGCUGCACUGCUUCAAUCGCUGCAUGCAGCGGCUGCCGCGGGACUGGCCUUUCCGGUCCAUCUGCCGCCGCUCUCCUUUGCCCAUCACCAUCCGGCCCUGGCGCAGCAUGGGGUUAAUCACAAUAACAACAACACGCUGCGGAUGAAGCACGAGGCCCAGGAUAUGACAAUGAAUGGCCUGGGUCCAGGAUCGGGAGGUGUUUCCAUGUCCAGCGGCAGCUCAUCGGCGGCUCUCUUGGACCUGGCCGAAUCGGCGGUGGCAUAUCAGCAGCAACAGCAGCAGUUGCAGUUGCAGCAACAGCAGCAGCAACAUGCCACACUCUCGCCACCCACCACGCCCACCCAGCAGGUCGGGGGUGUGGCAGGAGCUGAGGACUCGCCAGGAUCAUCGUCGGGAGGUCAAGGAGCAGCAGGUUCAUCCAGUGCCUUGAAUGGCAAUGCGACGGCGGGGGUGGCAACCAAAAGUGAAUCAUUUUAAUUAGAGGCAAAUACGUGCAAUUAAAAUUAAAAGAGGUCUUCAUUUGGUAUUUAAUUUCACAGAUUUAUUUCCAUAACAAAAUUAGAUUUCAAAAUCAGAUUUUAAUGCUAAUUAAUUCAAGUAAUUAAAGCUCUCUCAAGUGAAGAGAAAACUUCGCUUUCAUCAGUUUCUUUUGGCAAAGAUGAAAUUUUAAUUUUAUUUAAGGCUUGAGAAAACUCUUUUUGUGAAACUAAAUUUCUAAAAUAUUGCUUAUUUUUUGCUUGCUGUCUAUA